AUGGCCGGCGCGGGCGUGACGACGACGGGGUCGCCGUGCGGGGCGUGCAAGUUCCUGCGGCGCCGAUGCGCGGCGGAGUGCGUGUUCGCGCCCUACUUCUGCGCGGAGGACGGCGCGUCGCAGUUCGCGGCCAUCCACAAGGUGUUCGGCGCCAGCAACGCGGCCAAGCUGCUGCAGCAGGUGGCGCCGGGGGACCGGAGCGAGGCAGCCGCCACGGUGACCUACGAGGCGCAGGCCAGGCUGCGCGACCCCGUCUACGGCUGCGUCGCCCACAUCUUCGCGCUGCAGCAGCAGGUGGUGGCGCUGCAGGCGCAGGUGGCGCACGCCAGGACGCAGGCGCAGCUGGGGGCGGCGACGGCGAUGCACCCGCUGCUCCAGCAGCAGCUGCAGCAGCAGGCGUGGCAGGUGGCGGCCGCCGCGGAGCAGCACGACCACCAGUCCAUGACGUCCACGCAGAGCAGCUCCGGCUGCUACAGCGGCGCCCACCAGCGCUCCGACGGGUCCUCGCUGCACGGCGCCGAGAUGUACUGCGGCUACGGCGAGCAGGAGGAAGGCAGUUACUGA